AUGGAGAACGCAAAGAUACUGGUUACCGGCGCCAACGGUCAGUUAGGGACUGAGAUAUCGGCUGCACUAGCUGACCGAUACGGCUCACGAAACAUCAUCACGACCGAUAUCAUUCCCAAAGGUCGGAAUACCAGCAUUCAACACGAGGUGCUGGAUGUUAGCAAUGUUGCUCAGUUGCAAAACAUGGUCAGAAAGCACAAAAUCACACAAAUUUACCAUCUGGCUGCUACACUUUCCCUGGUGGCAGAAGAAGAUCCCGGCCGGGCCUGGAAAUUGAACUUCAACAGUCUUCUGAAUGUUCUCGAGACCGCCGCGCUAUUCGACUUGGAAAGAGGCCUGUGCAGGUGGUACUUUGAAAAGAAAGGCGUCGAUGUUCGCAGUAUUCGCUAUCCGGGCGUCAUCUCUUCCAAGGUUCUGCCAGGCGGCGGCACCACGGACUAUGCCGUCGACAUCUUCCAUUACGCCCUGCGGCGGGAGAAUUAUAUCUGCCCACUACAGCACAAUGAGCCCCUCCCAAUGAUAUAUAUAUCAGAUGCUGUUCGAGCCGCGCUUGAGUCGAUGGAGGCGGUUCCAGAACAAAUUACUGAGCGCGGAAGCUAUAACAUUGGAGGCUUCUCAUGCACCCCACAAUACUUCGAAAUCAUCUACCAGCCCGGUCCUCCGCAGAAGAUCGCAGGGGGAUGGCCCAACUCGAUUGACGACUCUCAGGCGCGCGACGACUGGAACUGGCACCCGGCCUUCGACCUGCCGAAGACGACACGGGAUAUGCUGGGUAAUCUAGCCAGAGAUUGGGCCGACGACCAUUCCGAUCAGACGACCGACUAUAUGAAAGUCGCCAAACUACAUGUACGCACCGAGUGUCGACAGUUCAUAGCCUUGGUCUAG